GCUCUUGUUGACGGGCUUUGGCCGUUGCUACGGUAACGGGGGACGCCGCCUUUCUAAACACAUGGCCGCUUAUUGAUCUUCGGAGAAGCCAGAAGGGUGAUCCGGAAAGUGAAGAUGGGAAAGAAGGUAGAGAAAGUGCUGAAGGAGAGAGUCGAGAAGGGAGGAGGAGCCGCGUCGAGCAGCGCGGAGGAGGAGGCGGCUCGGAGUGCCGCAGCCUGCACACAGGAGAAGACAACGCCGCACACUGUGGAGGAGUACGUGUGUACCGGCAUUCUGGAAACUGACUUCCCAGAACUCUGCGCUCUCGUGGGAAUGAAGGAGAUCCCAGCGGUGACCUCGCGACCCCGCCCACCGGUCACGCCCACUACCGAGAAGAGCAUGCUGGAGGAGCGGCAGUCCCUCUCGACUCCGCCCCCAGGCUCCGCCCCCUCAGGAGAGCGCUUCGCCUAUUUCCGCCCGCGCCUGCAGGUGGAGCUGGAGAGCGAGGACCCCCGGACAGUGAGGGAGGUGCAGGUCAAGGGAUGGAAGGUAGAUGAGAGGAUGGUUCGUGUUUUCAGCAAGUCUCUGCCGAGCCUGUCCAGCCUACAGAGCUUCCACCUGUGGAACGUGGGUCUGACCGACAGCCUCCUGAACUCCCUCCAAGCCGCCCUGCCUCUCUGCCUGAAGCUCAGGAUGCUAGUUUUGGACGGCACCCCUAUCCCUCAGCAGUCUUAUUACAGACUGAUUGCAGAAGACAGCGCCCUGACUCACGUGUCGUUGCGGAACAAUAAAAUCGAUGCAGAGGGAGCGAAGCUGAUUGGACAAGCCCUCUCUACCCCCAAAUCCACCAAUAAGAACCUGACUUCCCUGAACCUGGCGUACAACCAUCUAUCAGACCAGGGAGCCGAUCACAUAGCACAGGGCCUGCGUCUGAACCGAACCCUGCUCUGCCUCUCUCUGGCUCACAAUGGGAUCGGGGACGAGGGCGCGCUGAAGCUGGCAGAGGUUCUUGGCCCCUUCACUCUGACCCAUGAAGAGACCGUGGAGAGGAGGUGGCUGCUGUUAGGAAGAGAUUCGGAGAGACAGAAAUCUCCCGCUACGCGCCGUGCUGACUCGAAGGGGGAGCGGCCCCUCAGCCACCACAGCAGCACCUCGCUGGAGCGGAGCAAAGACAAGCCCAGCCGAGCCACCUCCAAGAAGAAGGACACCCCCAAAAAGGACGAGAAACCCGGAGCAGCCAAUCAGGGCACAGGGUCCGAGGCGGCUGCAGGAAAGGGCGGAGCCUCAGGAAAGAAGGAGGAAAAUAAACUGGGAAAGAAACCCUCUGAUACGAAGGUGCCCCGCUCCAAGGGGGCUCGAUCGGGGGGCAAAGAGAAGCGCCCCCCAGUGAUAGAGCUGGAGGGCAAGGGCAGUGUUGUGCAGCAGAAGCCAGUGGAGCAGCUGGAGACAGUGAGCCCCCUGCUGGACAGUGCAGAGCAUCGCGACGGGAAGCUCUUCAUCCCUGGGAACAGCACGCUGGCCAGCCUCAACCUCAUGGGUAACAGCCUCACCGCUCGCUCCCUCCCCAGUCUCCUCUCCUCUCUGCUCAGUCAGGGUGACGCUCGGUCGGGGAAGGUCGGCACAGGGCUGCUCAGACUGAACCUCGCGAGAAACAGCUUCCCUCUGGACUGUGAUUCCUUCACAAAGAUCCAGGAGACCCUGAGCGUCCGGGACCCCCUGACCAAAAACCUGGCGUCCCGAUCUCCCGAGGGGGAGCAGGUGCAGCCGGCGUGACGGACACGCAGCCUCACCCAUGCAGUGGAAGUGACUGCAUCUCACGAAACAGCGCCCUCCAGCUUUCCUGUUGAGAACUUACAUCAGCUCCAAGUGAGUGGAUCUGCAGUAUGAAAGUAAACAAAGCCAUUAAACGUUGUUGUUAUUAUUAUUAUUAUUAUUAUUAUUAUUAUUAUUAUUAUUAUUAUUAUUAUUAUUAUUGUUA